AGGAAGUGGUCACUACAAUCACUCGUUUCUGGGGCACUCAACAAGGUGGUAGCUAAUGGAUGCAACUCAGCAGAUCCUCGAUGACUCAAUAUUGGAGUCAGAGGAGGAAGAGGAGGAGAAGACGAGAGGAGAGCCACUGGCUAAACUCAGAGUGUUCAAGAACUUGCACAUCCCUGAGACAGAGCUGCCUCUCUACUUGGGAGAGAAUGUGUUGGGUCGAGAUCCUAUCACCUGCUCCCUGCCUCUCCCUGCCUGCUCUGUAUCAAAGCAGCACACCAUCAUCUCCAUCUCCGUCUCCCGUGGCAAAGGUCGUCGUGGCAACGCUGCCAUGGAAGCGCUGGUUUGGGACCUGGGCAGCAUGAACGGAACACGUAAAGGCAGGAUCAAACUGACCCCUCACGUCCGCUACGCUCUCAGCCAGGGAGACAGUCUGGUGGUAGCUGACAUCCCGUGUCAGUACACCAGCUGCCCUGUGGACAAAAGGGCUGACCUCAGAGACAAGCAGAGCCCUGGGAAGAAAGCCCCUAGGAGGAGAGCCACGAUGGGGGACGUUAAGGGGAAGGACCAUCUCAGAGAGAGUUUCCAGAACCAAAGUCUGGGAGCAGAGACUAGCACAGACGCAGAGGCAAACGUCAACGGGGCGAUUGAUGAAACGCCUGUUGUGGGUCCGUCAACAAAGUGUAAGAUACCGUCCCGGACUGAGCCGCUGGCUUUGGGAAACGAAACGCCGCGGCCAGAGGAGACUCUGGUGCCUGCGUCCGAUUCUGAUGGAGAACGAGAGCAAAGGAGAAAGAGAAAUCAGACGUUCAUAGUGUCAGAUUCAGACUCCCACAGGUCCAGUCCCAACUGUUCAACAUUCCUGAGUCCAACAAGCCAUGUCAUUCCUGAGAGCCCCAUCACUCCCUCCUCCGCUCAACACAAACCCAGUAAAAGAGUCAUCUCCAGUGAAGAGGAGAAAGAGGCUGAUCUAGUGAGACAGCAGCCAAGCAUCAAAAGGGCACAGGUGAUCGUGGAUGACAGCCAAGAGCAGCAGGAGGCGGAAGAGAGAGAGAGGGGAAGAGUGGCACCAGGAGGACGGGCGAUCAAGCCAAUAACAAGCGGAGAACCGGAAGUGUCCGUGGAGCCGUCAAACAAUGUCAGCGUUUCAACAGGAGACGUAUUACCUCUCAGGUUUGAGCUGAACAUGGACAGUGACACUGAUGUGGAGGAGGAGGCAGGGCCAUCGGGCCCUGCAGGUAUCCAGGCUCCUGUGACCUUGAAGGAAGCAGCUCCCCUCCCAACACAUCUCCAAACGGACCCUGAACACUUCCACAUGGACAGCGAUACUGAUGUGGAGGACGACGAUACAACGGAAAACGUCUCAGAUCUGAAACCUUCCCCUGAUAGAUCAACAUCUCAUAUAUCACCUGAUCGUGCUCCAGUCGUACCUCCCUCUGACGGGCAUAGGUCACCUGAUCGUGCUCCAGUUAUCCACCCAUUGGACAUCCAUCCAGACAGUGACACAGAUGUAGAGGAAGAUGAUGUGACGUCAAUCAGUCUUACCAGGGUAACCUCCACAUCACAUCAGGCAGACCCACCAGCUGACCGUCCCUCCCCAGCCCAGCCAAUGGGAUUCCACCUAGAUAGUGACACGGAUGUAGAGGAUGAAGAAGAUAUGGACUCCAGAAAAGGAGACAAAACUUCUGGAACAGAGGAAACUCAUUGCAGAACAGCUCCAGAUUCUAGGUCGUCCACCGCAGCUUCCGAGCUGCACUCUGACAGUGAUGAAGAGAACAUUGUAGAUACUUCCAGUGGUAAACCUACAGAUGUUGCUUCUGACACAAAACCAUUAAUCGCAUUUGACCCAAGAGCUGAAGAGCUGGAGAUCUUAUCUGAUUCUGACCUGGAGGAAGAUGCCUCUAUAAUCUCUACAGCAACAAAGCCUGUAUCAUUAUCAUCAUCACCACCAGUCAGGAUUCCAUCAGCUGCCUUGGCAACCGCUGGUGUUACCACGACGACCACACUUGAUGUGUCUGACUCUGACACGGACACAGAGGCCGUGGAGGAGUUGGAGCCCAGGUCUGAGGGUCUGCCCGACCCUGCUGGGGGUCUGCCCAGCCCUGCUGAGGGUCUGCCCGAGCCUACUGAGGGUCUGGUUGACCCUGCUGACUUCAGGAUGGACAGCGACACUGACGUGGAAGAUGAGGAGGCUGGUCCGGAGGGGGCUGGGGCUCUGCUGAUCCGAAGCCCGUCCAGAGAGAAGGCUCCUGGGGGGACAUCCUGGGCCGUCCCUCCUCCCCCCCAGACGUGCUCCACCGCUCCUGCAUCUACAGUGGAGGAGAUGGAAACUCAGGACUUCCAUAGUUCUCCAGACCCCUUCAGACGCCCUUUCCCACCUCCAUUGAGGCCUGUGGUCUCCUCCUGCUCUGACAGCCAGGAGGACGACGACUUCAUCGUGGCUGAGACCCAGUCCUUUGUGUUAGAGGGCCGGGACCACCCAAGCAGUCUACCGGAAGACCCCACCACCCUGGAUGCCACUCAGCCAUACGACAUGCAGCCCUCGACCGCAGACGACCAGGAUUACCAGGGCGAGCAGAGCUGCCGCGAUGGCUCCUUCAAGCUGGGUCUGUCAAACAGUAGCAAACGCCAUAUCACCCCUCACGGGAACGUGGAGCUGGCAAACACCCAGGCGUAUGGGAACACGUCUUCCCAAGGGAGGGUUUAUCCGGAGGGGGAUUCCGACCAGGAGGCCACCCAGGCCUAUGGAGGUGACAGCAAGGAGUCCUCUGAGCGGUCAGGGAGGGGGGGGAGGCAGGAGGACUUUGCAUUGGAUGCCACACAGGCGUAUGCGUCACUGCCCUGCGAGGAGGGGGGAGGGGAGGAGAAGGAGGAAGAGGAGGAGUCUACAAACUUAGUAACUGCUGAGACCCUGCCCUUAGAUGAUGAUGAUGAUGAUGAUGAUGAUGAAGAGAAAACACAGCCUCUGGAGCUCCCAGCUGCGAGCGAACUUGCUCCAGCUGAAACCCUGCCCAUGUCAGCCUGCGAGGAAGAGGACGAUCUACUGGGACCCGAACCGUCUGUCCCACUGAGGCGAGGAAGGUCCAGAGGGCAGAAAGAAGAUAAGGAAGAGGACGCCCAACCUGACCAGGUGACGACCCAGUCGUACCUCUCUGAGACUCUGCCCAUGACAGAUGCAGCAGAGGACAGCGAUGGGGAUGAUGAAGAAACUGAGGAAGAAGCCGUUGUAGGAACUCUGAGAAGAAGAAGACCUAGACCGCUGGAGGAAGAGGAGGAGACGCAGCUAAUCACUACUUCAGACCUUCUAUCGGCUGAAACCCAGUCCGUGUCCUGUCAUGAAACGGAGAAGGAGGAGGAGGAAGAGGAGGUCUCUAAACUGUCCGUGGUGAAAGCAAGGGGGAGGCCUCAAAAAGCAAGAGAGGCCAAAGCUGGCCCAUCUGGUGUCAGUGGCAGACCUGCGAGACGGAGGGUGACCAGGGGACAGAAGAAGGAGGAGGAGAAGCUGGAGGAUUGCAGCUCCGACCCUCCAGAAAGACAGACGAGAGGGAAGAAAAAGGCUGUGAAGACCAUCAGGACCAGGAGCAGCAGAGGGAGCAGCAGAGGGAACGCUGGGACUCAGGAGGAGGAGGACAGUGAGGAAGAGGUGGUUGAGCUGACUAGACGAGGAAGAGGUAGAAGAAGCAGGAAACAGAUCAAACAGGAGACUGAAGAACGAGAAAGACUGGACAGGGAACAGAGGGAGAGAGAGGAGAUGAUCGAACGUGAGAGGAAGGAACAAGCUGAGAAGGACAGAUUGCGAAAGGAAAAAGAAGAGGCGGACAGGAAAGAGGCAGAAAAAAAGGAAAGGAUGGAGAGAGAGAUGAGGGAGCUGGAGGAAAGGGAGAGGCUUGAAAGAGAAGAGCAAGAAAGACUGGAAAAAGAGAAAGAAGAGCAAGAAAGACUAAAACGGGAGGAGAGAGAAAGGUUGGAGCGUGAGAGGAAGGAAAAGGAAGAGGCAGAAAGAUUGGAGCGUGAGAGGAAGGAAAAGGAAGAGGCAGAAAGAUUGGAAAAGAUAAGGAAGGAAAAAGUUGAGGCAGAAAGACUGGAAAAGAUAAGGAAGGAAAAAGAAGAGGCAGAAAGACUGGAACAGAUAAGGAAGGAAAAGGAAGAGGCAGAAAGACUGGAAAAGAUAAGGAAGGAAAAAGUUGAGGCAGAAAGACUGGAAAAGAUAAGGAAGGAAAAAGAAGAGGCAGAAAGACUGGAAAAGAUAAGGAAGGAAAGAGAAGAGGCAGAGAGACUGGAAAAGAUAAGGAAGGAAAAAGUUGAGGCAGAAAGACUGGAAAAGAUAAGGAAGGAAAAAGUUGAGGCAGAAAGACUGGAAAAGAUAAGGAAGGAAAAAGAAGAGGCAGAAAGACUGGAACAGAUAAGGAAGGAAAAGGAAGAGGCAGAAAGACUGGAAAAGAUAAGGAAGGAAAAAGUUGAGGCAGAAAGACUGGAAAAGAUAAGGAAGGAAAAAGAAGAGGCAGAAAGACUGGAAAAGAUAAGGAAGGAAAAAGAAGAGGCAGAGAGACUGGAAAAGAUAAGGAAGGAAAAAGUUGAGGCAGAAAGAUUGGAAAAGAUAAGGAAGGAAAAAGAAGAGGCAGAAAGACUGGAAAAGAUAAGGAAGGAAAAAGAAGAGUCAGAAAGACUGAAGCAGGAAAGGGAAGAGCAAGAAAGAGCAGAAAAAGAAGAGAAAGAAAGAUUGAUGGAAGAAGAGAAGAAAAAGUUGGAGAGAGAAGAGAAAGAAAGAUUAGAGCAGCAGUUUGAAAGGAUGGAAAAGAUAAAGGAAAAAGAAGAACAAGAAAGGCUGGAACGGCAAAGGCUUGAGAAAGAAAGAACGGAGAGAGAGGUAGCAGAAAACAAAAGAUUGGAAAAAGAGCGGGAAGAAAGGCUGGAAAUGGAAAAGAAAGAAAAAGAAGAGAGAGAAAGAAAGGAGAGAGAAAAGAGCAAACAGGAAGAGAGAAAAAGACUGAAAGAAACAGAAAAGGAAAGAAAGCAGACGAAAGAGCAGAGCCGGGAUAAAGAAAAGGACGACAACGCUGCCAAAACAUCCACAAGGGCUCGAAGAGCAACCAGCAGAAGAACCGCCGCUGAGCCACCAACCGCAGAAGCAGAACCUGCGGUUCCACCCAGCACAGGCAUCCAGAGGACCAGAUCUCGCUCCGCCUCAGUCAGCUCUGAGCAGUCCACCUCCAGCGUUUCCACACAGGAGAGUAGGGGGAGAGGCAGAGGGAGAGCAGGGAGGAACGACUCCCCGACGGCCUCCACCGACCCUCACCCGCCCGACGGCGACAGGAGGAGGAGGAGGAAGACGCUGGUUACCACCGUGGAGGACCUUCUCUCCGGCGAUGUUCCUGCCCAGAGAACACGCUCUCGCUCAAACUCGACCAGCUCCCUCAGCUCCGAGGUCUCAGCCUGCAGCGUCAGCUCCCAGGGCCGAGGGGGAGGCAGAGGAAGAGGGAGGAGGACCCAAACUAACGACUCCCAUCCUCCUCUGAGCAGCCAGGACGACCAGGCCUCAGCCCCCAAGCCCACAGCCAGGGGGAGGAGGAGCAGGAAACCAGAGGAGUCCCAAGAAACGGCUCAUGACGUUGGUUCGCAACCCGACAGGGAGAAGGUAGAGUCUCAAGAGCCUGCCUCCACUAGGGGGCGACGGAGAGCCAAGAAUAACAACGAGCCUACUGCGGCAUCUGCUGAGGAAGGACAAACAACCCAGGUGGGGGGAGGAGCCAGAGAAGACCUCCAGUCUAAAGGUAGAGGCGUAGGAAAGUUCCAGAAAGAUAUCAAACCUGAAGAAAGUGAAAGUUCAAGAGGAAAGGGGAGAAAGAGGGAACUAGAAAAAGAUGAAGAGGAAGUAGAGGAAAUGAAGUUCAAGAUUCCCCGGAGGACGGGCAGGGGGCAGCAAGGAGGGGGAAAGGGGACUGGGGGAAAAGACAAAGAGAAGGAAGACAUCGUGGAGAAAGAGGAGCAACCUGCUCCCAUCCCUGUUGGUAGGAAAGGUAGAACGUCCUCCGAUCAGGGAAAGAAGAAGAGAGAGAGAGACGAGGCCACACAGAAGGAUGGAAGUGAGAACAUGGAGGAGGGAGGGAAUGGUGUGCUGGAGACCAAAGCCAGAGGGAGGAUGCCCGUGGCCCAGGGGAAGAGCGAGCCGGAGGAGGAAAUGACUUCUUCUUCCAACACAGUGGACCAGCAUGCUGGCUCAGAAGAGACCCCCACAGGGGAGAAGUCUCGUAAGCGAGCUGCCCCUCUGGACUCCCCCGUAGCGAAGGCUGCCCGGCUCUCCUCCUCCCCCGCUUCCUCGCAGGCGUCCCCUGGGUCUGUGCGUCGAGCCCGGCCCACCGACCAGACCGUCAAGGUUUUGUUCACCGGGCUGGUGGACGAGGAGGGGGAGAGGGUGGUGUCUCGCCUGGGGGGUAGCAUGGCGAGGGGCGUGGCCGACAUGACCCAUCUGGUGACAGACAAGGUGCGCCGUACUGUCAAGUUCCUGUGUGCCAUGGCCAGAGGUGUUCCUGUCGUCACCACCGAUUGGCUGGACAAGAGUGGGAAGGCUGGAAGCUUCCUGUGUCCUGAUGGCUUCCUGGUGAAGGAUGCAGAGCAGGAGAAGAAGUUCAGCUUCUGUCUCCAGGACUCUCUGAGAGCUGCCAGCCAGCAGCGUCUCUUACAGGGCUAUGAGAUCCACGUGACCAGGUCUGUGAAGCCAGAGCCAGCCCAAAUGAGGGACAUCAUCUCCUGCAGUGGAGCCCAUUUCCUCCCCAAGAUGCCCUCCGCUCACAAGGCUCAGACAGUGGUGGUCUCCUGUGAGGAGGACCAGGCGUUGUGCGCCCCUGCCCUCGCCGCCUCUCUGCCUCUCCUCAGUGCUGAGUUCCUCCUCACAGGGGUCCUCCAGCAGACAGUGGACCUACACGCCCACGCCUUGCCCGCCUCCACCAAGCCCCAGACAGGGGGCCGGGGCCGGGGCAAGAAGAAAUUGUGACGUUAGGACCACAAAGCGAUCAAAAGCCCAUGAGACUGAAUAUCAUAUACUAGAAAAUAGCCGUGUGUGUGUGUGUAUGUAUAUAUAUAUAUAUAUACAGACAUUGACUAAAUGAACAGGUAUGGAUGUGUCUAUAAUAUAUAAGGGUAUAUAAUCUCUAUACCCUGUGAUGGCAUUGAUGAUUGUGUUUUCAUAACAAUAUGAGAAGAUUCUUGUUGAUGGGACAGUUUGAGAACAUGCAGAGAAUUGUGGGGGAAGUACUCUUGCUGUAGACUAAUUGCGCCAAUGAAGAAUGAGAGAGGUAGAGAGGGUUUACGACAACACGGAUAAAAGAUGAAUAUCAUCUAUCCCUCCUACUUCUUCGUCUAAAUCAUAGGCUACACACUGUCAGUUAUUGCAAUAAACCUUGUGCCUAUUUUAUGAGCCAUCAAGAGAUUUACACCAUCAGAUACGGUUUAAAGUAAGCCAUUUACUAUCUCCUUUAGUUUUACAAACACCUCGUGUUAAUGCUGCUCGUUUAUCAAUUUUGACAUAGGAUGUUU